UAUAUAUACAAUACUUGUAUUUUAGAGAAUGGCUAACUUGUGCUUCACAAUAUGAGACCUAUUGAGAGAACAUAGAACUGUGAAUACCUUACUUAUGGGAUACUACCUGUAGUCUGCUGCAUUCAAAGGAGAGAAAGUGUCUGUAAUCAUUUGUUCUGAAGCUCUGUUAUUUAUGUGUGUGUAUCUCUGUUUAUAUUUACAUUUAGGCUUCUGGUAGACACUUUUAUCCAAAGUCAUUUCCAAGUGAUGUAUAUUUCUAACAAAUAACCAAUAUAUCAAAAUACAUGUCAAAUAUAUGUGCCAGUAUUGUAGAAAUUGCAUACCAGAAAGAGGAGAAGAGGGAAUAUAUUGUUUUAUUUUUUUCUUCUCACAGGAGACAUUCAAAGGAUCCAAUCUAACAAGAGUUGGAACUCUGAGGAAAAAAGAAACAAAGACAGAAGUCCCAAUUGCUCACACCUAACCGAGCAGAUGAUGACACAUACUGGAAAAAAAACACAUGAGUGUUCUCAGUGUGGAAACUCCUUUAAUGACACUUCUAGCCUCAAGCUACACCAGAGGAUCCAUACUGGGGAAAAGCCGUAUCAGUGUUCUCAGUGUGGGAAGGCCUUUAGCCAAAUAGGUACUCUCAAGAGACACCAGAGGAUCCAUACUGGGGAAAAGCCGUAUCAGUGCACUACUUGUGGGAAGAGUUUCAAGAGGAAAUCAUAUCUCACCUCCCAUCAGAUCACACACUCUGGAGAAAAGCCACAUCACUGUUCAGAGUGUGGGAAGGCCUUUAGACAGAUGUCUGCUCUCAAGGAACACCAGAGGAUCCAUACUGGGGAAAAGCCGCAUCAGUGUUCUCAGUGUGGGAAGGUCUUUAGUCACAUGUCUGCUCUUAAGACACACCAGAGGAUCCAUACUGGGGAAAAGCCGUAUCAGUGUUCUCAGUGUGGGAAGGCCUUUAGUAGAAUUAAUAAUUUCAAGACACACCAGAGGAUCCAUACUGGUGAAAAGCCAUAUCACUGUUCUCAGUGUGGGAAGGUCUUUAGCCACAUGUCUGCUCUCCAAAAACACCAGAGGAUCCAUACUGGGGAAAAGCCAUAUCAGUGUUCUCAGUGUGGGAAAAGUUUCAAGACGAACUCAUAUCUAACCUCCCACCAGAGGAUCCAUACUGGGGAAAAGCCGUAUCAGUGUUCUCAGUGUGGAAAGGCCUUUAGACACAUGUCUACUCUCAAGGCACACCAGAAGAUCCAUACUGGGGAAGUGGGCCUGGAGAUUAACACCUUCUACUGUCAGACAAAGGACACUUAA